AUGAAAAGACAUACUUCAAUAGUCGAGAGAGCAUUAGAAGACAUCGGAUGGGGCUCAUACCAUAACAAAUUAUUCUUUAACUGCAGCUUUGUACAUUUAAUUUAGGGAUGGGGUUGUGCUCUAAUGUGGCUAAGCACCAUCUCGAACAUUUUAACAGAAAACAAAGAAUUCAAUGAGCUAGAAAGGGCAAUUUUAGGAGCAGCCAUAAAUUUAGGCGCAUUUGUAGGGUGCUUUGUCUUUGCCAGCUUAUCUGAUAAGUACGGAAGAACUUAUACCUAUUUAUAAGGCACUUAAGUUUUAUAUUUUUAUGAAAAAUAAUUAUCAGGCAAGUUUUAAUACGUAUCAAUGUGUGUAUAUUUUCAAAAAAAUCACUAUAGUCACUUGCAUAAGCGCUGUUGUUCUAGUCACAUCGUUAAAUUUUUUAAUGACCCUUAUAGGAGUAACAUUUCUUGGUCUUGGGAUUGGAGGCGACCUUUCUACUCCUCCGUCAGUCAUGAUUGAGAGCAUUCCUCCAAGCUAUCGAAAAAGAGUUGUCUUACUACCCCUUGCUUAGCAGCAAAACCACUGUAAAAUAUUUAUUUUUGAAUAAAUUAAUCCCGUUCAUUAAUAAGCAAAAUAUUCUACCCAAAAUAUUAGUUUGAUAUAUAGCUAUAAUGAUUUAUUAUGAUGAAAUCUUUAGCUAAUUAUAAUAAGUUUUUGAUAGUUUCCAUCCUAAAACAUAAAUCUUACUAAUUAAAUUAGAUUUUAUUUCAAACAUUUCCAAUUUUGGAUUUUUUCAAGUAAGAAAAUUUUUUUUUAAACAAAAAAAUUCCAUUAACGAGAAAAAAAUCAUGCUCGCUAGUGUGGGGAGUUAAUGAACAUGGGUUAUUGUAUAGGACCAAUGAUAAGCCAACUCAUUGCACUGGCAAUUACUCUUUGGUGGAAUUUUCAUAUAGAAAAAUGGAGAGUUUUAGCCGGAGCCGUCACUGUCGUUACACUCUUAAUUGCGUAUUUUCGAGAUGAUGUAUUAGAAAGCCCAAUAUAUCUUUAUAAAAGAAGAGAUACAGAAUUUAUAUCAGUUAUUGUCCAAAUCGCACAAAGUAAUAACAGGUUGAGCUAUGAAUUUAAAGCGCCAUUACUUAUAUCAGAGCACCCUCCUGGCACAAUAGAUGAUUUUGGUCACCAUGUUUCUAUUAAAGAUAUAUUUAAGUCUCCAAACCGCUUUACCACAAUCAUGCUAUCCCUUUCACAAUUUUUGUUUUACUUCAGCUUUAUUGGCUGCUUACUUUUAUUUCCCCAUAUAUUGGCAUCACAGUCUAUGGAAACAACAUAUGUCGUCUUAAUCUCACAACAACUUUCAGGAUUAUUAGGAUUAAUUCUGGCAUCAAAAAUGGUUGAUACUUGUUUUGGUAGAAAAUGGACUAUGAGUGUAGGGUUUAUUUUUUGCGGAAUAAUGACGCUUGUAUUUAUAUUAGCAGAAGAUUUUUAUAUUGUAAAAAUUAUAUAGUCAACCAUAUUUUCUGGUCUGAUUUAUUUUGGAUUAUUAAUAGGCAUCGCAUCGAAAAAUUUAAUAACCCCAGAGAGUUAUAAAGAAGAUUUAAGAGGAACUGGGGUUGGCUUUGUCAUGGCAGUAUCAAGAACAGCGGGAAUUAUCGCUCCUGUGUGGGAAGGAUUUAUAAAUGACACAUUUGGACCCAAAGGAACUACAGCUUCAUUUGGAUUGAUUUUUAUAUUUGCUGGAAUAACAAGCCUAUUUCUGCAUGAUACUAGGAAAAUCAUAUACAAGAUGCCAAGAACAAUUGCGAUUUCUUAA